AUGCCUCAAUUCCAGAACCCAGUCGGAAUGUGUAUUGCCGACAACUGUCAUGGUGAAGAUGUCUUGGAUGCCAGAUCAUUGGCCACCUCAAUCUGUGUCAGUGCCCAAAUGUGGGAACCAUAUUGGAUGCCAGAUGACAGUGUAACCUCUGCUUUGGAAUAUGCUGCUACUGCAUCUUGGGACAGCAACGCCAUUACAACCACCACAACCGAUGAAAACACUGAAACCGUUCCUACUGAGACUGCUUCAAACACAUUGGUCACAUCGGCUCCAACCACCACUGGAGCAGAUAAUCCAUACACUCAAUACCCAUCCGUGGCAAAGACUGCUUCAAUCAAUGGUUUUGCUGACAGAAUCUAUGACCAAUUACCAGAAUGUGCUAAAUCAUGUAUGUACCAAAACACCGGUAUCACCCCGUGUCCAUACUGGGAUACUGGUUGUCUCUGUAUCAUGCCUCAGUUCCAAGCAUUGGUUGGCCAAUGUAUUGCUGACAACUGUCGCGGUGAGGACGUGCUCGAUGCUAGAUCUUUGGCUACUUCAGUCUGUUCUAGUGCUGGUGUUUGGGAUCCAUACUGGAUGCCUCCUGCUAGUAUCAGUUCUUCAUUAGAGUAUGCUGCUACUGCCGUUGCCACUACUACUGAUGACACCUCGUCAAGCACCGAUGUUGCCUCUUCUAGUGAUUCUCCUUCUUCCUCCUCUUCUGCUACUGCUGAAGAGUCAUCUUCUCAAGCAUCUGAAGAAUCAACUUCAAGCUCCAUCACUUCAGGUCAACAAUCCAAUACCAAUAACGCUUCCUCGUCCGAUUCAUUAAUCACAUCUGCUCCAACUUCUGAUGACACUGGUAACCAAUAUACUCAAUACCCAUCUGUGGCAAAGACCGCCUCAAUCAAUGGUUUUGCUGACAGAAUCUAUGACCAAUUACCUGCAUGUGCUCAGCCAUGUAUGUACCAAAACACCGGUAUCACCCCAUGUCCAUACUGGGAUACCGGCUGUCUCUGUAUCAUGCCUCAGUUCCAAGCAUUGGUUGGUGAAUGUAUUGCUGACAAUUGUCGCGGAGAGGACGUGCUCGAUGCUAGAUCUUUGGCUACUUCAGUCUGUUCUAGUGCUGGUGUUUGGGAUCCAUACUGGAUGCCUCCAGCAAGUGUUAGCUCGUUAUUGGACUCGGCUGCCUCAGCUGGCCUUACUGGUGAUGUUACUGAAACUUCUGAGCCUACUCUUACUAGUGGCACUGAUGUCAGCUCAACCGAAUCUGCUUCUGAAUCCGCAACUGGAUCCGCUACUACUGGUGGCUCUGAUGUUAGCUCGUCCGAGUCCGCUACUGGAUCCGCUUCUGAAUCCGCUUCUGGAUCUGCUCCUGGAUCCGCUUCUGAAUCUGCUUCUGGAUCUGCUACUACUGAUGACUUGGAGCCAACUGACUUCUUAAAUGAAACUGCUGUAUUUGAAUCCAAUGGUACACAUAUUAAGCUCUUUGAUGGAGUUCAAGCAUUGUUUGAAUUAGAUGACGGAUUGCUCCACUUGUUGGCUGGUGGCUACGUCAAGGUCGAUGAAAUUGGUAAUUUGGUUGUUGUUGAUGAUGCGGAAGAGGCUACUACCGGAUGGGGUAUGACUGAUAACCAAUUGACGCUACCAUCUGACUCUCCAGCAUUCACGAAACGUGAUGAUCAAGUUGUUACCUUUUAUGCAUGUCCUGCUGAGGUUGGUUACGUUGUAUCUGUGAAGAACCGCGAAGGAUGUGUUGAACUCAACUCAGAAGUCGACUCUACCCCGGAAACAAGCAGCACAUCUGCUGGUCCAACAUCGGACGGUGACACUCAAACAAGUGAAGGUGGAGAUGCAAGUGAAACAGGAUCAUCUGGAGCCACAACUACUGGUGAGGAAAGUGAAGAGCAGUCUGCUACAGGAGAUGUUACAGCUUCUGGCUCUGGCUCUGGCUCUUUUGCUACUGAAACUACUCUGGGUGAUGAGACUUCAUUGCCCGCUACAUCCACAGUGUUGAGUGAAGUCACUACUACCGACAAAUCCGGAUCAACCUCUGUCUACACCACCACCAUAAUUGUCACUGAAGUUACUGAGUACUGUGCCCAACUGUCAGCCAGCUCAGUGCAGUCUGAAGCAAGCUGCGAACAAACAAGCGCUGCUGCUGUGCAGUCUACAUUGACGGUACAUGAGCAGGAAAUCAUCACAGUCAUUGUGUCUUGUGAAUCGGCUAUCCUGUCACUUGAGAGCGUGAAAGAAAGUGCAGCUAAGGUUACCAAAACAGAGGUUGUGCAAAGCUGUGAAAGUGCUAUAAGUUCACUUAGUCUGGUUGAAGCGGGUGCCCAAAGUACCUUGAAGGCCAUCAUUUCUACACAUGAGUCUGUUGUUGCAGUUCAAACCUCUGCUGCUGCUGCUCAACAAUCUGCUGCUGAAGCACAAAUGAGUGCAGCCAAGGCUCAACAUUCGUCUGAGGCAGUUGCUCAUGCUCAAAGUGCUGUUGCACAAGCUUCCCAAGCCAGUGAAGAGGCUGCGCAUGCUGCCAGUGUUGAGUCAGCAGCCAAAUCAUCAGCUGCUGAAGUCGGUGUAACUGUGGAUGUUACAACCACCGUCACUGAGAAUGUCACUGUUCAAGCACACAAGACUGCAGCCACUGGCGGCGUCAAUGGUGGUGCCGCUGCACAAGAAACUGGUGCAAAUGUAGGAACUAGUGAAUCUACUGGUAAACAAGGUCAAGGCUCAACUAGUGAAGCAUCUCAAGAAGGUGCUGGACAAGGUACAGAAGGUGCUGAACAAGGUUCCGAAGGUGCUCAACAAGAUACCGAAGGUGCUGAACAAGGUUCUGAAAGUGCUGGACAAGGUACCGAAGGUGCUGAGCAAGGUUCUGAAAGUGCUGGACAAGCUGCUCAGCAAGGUAAUGCACCAACAGUUGCUGCUGGAGGUAAAACUCUUUCAACUACUACUGGUGGAGAGCAGGCUGGAGCCACUGCAGGAUCUGAAACUAAUGUAGCUGUUGCUUCUGGAACUUCUGAAGGAAGCGCAGCACAAACAGUUGCUGCUGCUGUUAAUGGUGCUUCAAGACAAAUUGGCACUUCAUCUUUGCAAUGCUUGCAUCCACAAUAG